AUGCUUCGCUCGAUUUGCAAUACAAAGAAUUCAAUCAAUUUUUCCAUCAUAAGCCGUACCAUCAAAGCUUCAUCGUCAUCAUUGGUAGUAAACAACAUGAUGAGAAUGGAAUCAUCUUCGGACAUGAUGUUUUCCACUCGUUCUGUUGUACGAGGAGAUGAAAGCGGAUUUCAUGAUGAUUUUAAAACAGUCCGCAAACCUCCACAACAGAAUAUGAAGGAAUUGUUCGAACAGAAGAAACAAGAAGUUGAUAAAAUUGUACAUUCCAAUAAGAUUGUAUUAUUCAUGAAAGGUACACCUGAAAGACCAGAGUGUGGCUUCUCAGGGGCUGUUGUAAAGAUUCUCUCAUUAUACAAUGUCGAUUAUGCUUCGUACAACAUGAAUAAGGAUGUCAUGAUGAAGGAAGCAUUGAAAGAAUACAGUGAUUGGCCAACCAUUCCACAAUUAUUUGUUGAUGGAGAAUUAAUUGGAGGAAGCGACAUUGUUUUAAAUCAUCAUAGAGAAGGUACUUUGCAAGAAGUGCUCGAAGGAAAGAAGGAGUAA